CUAAAAUACAAAAUACAAAAUGCACUUCACAAUGAAUUAAUCUCACUCACUCAUAAUAAUUUUAAUUUGCCUUUCACGUGGAUACUUACCUAAAUAACAAGUGGCAUACAUAAAUAAGAGAAAUUUAUAGAUUAUACCAUUUACUAUCAUUCACUAUAUAUCUACCUACCUCAUUUCACACCUUUGCACCCCCCCCUCCCAACGAUGGAGGAAGACCGUGCGCAAGCCGAUCUAGGCAUCGCAGCAGAUAUCGAGGAGUCUCAUGCGCAACCACCAACCGCAGCGACACCAUCAUCUGAUAACAAGAGACAACCGAAGAAGAGAUUUGUAGGACGGAGAACUGCUGCCAAACACGGCGGUGCUGGUAGCUCCACAACAGGGGAAAAUGGGGCGAUCCAAGCAUCGCAACCGCGGAGAGCACCCAGACUACUAAACCAGGUGCCGCCGGAGAUCCUCAACGACCCGGCACUGCACGAGGCGAUCGCCCUGCUGCCAGCAAACUACUCGUUCGAGAUCCCGAAGACGAUCCACCGGAUCCGGUCGUCAGGGUCUGAGCGCGUAGCGCUGCAAAUGCCGGAGGGGCUCCUCAUGUUCGCGACGACGAUCUCCGACAUCCUAACGCAGUUCUGUCCCGGGGUCGAGACCCUCAUCAUGGGCGACGUCACCUACGGCGCGUGCUGCAUCGACGACUACACGGCGCGGGCGCUGGGCUGCGACCUGCUGGUGCACUACGCGCACAGCUGCCUGAUCCCCGUCGACGUGACGACGAUCAAGGUGCUGUACGUCUUCGUCGACAUCAGCAUCGACACCUCGCACCUGCUCGCCACCGUCGAGCGCAACUUCGCGCCCCCCAAGACCAUCGCCAUGGUCGGCACCAUCCAGUUCAACGCCACCAUCCACGGCGUGCGCUCCGCCCUCGAGAAGGCCGGCUUCGCCGUUCUCGUCCCGCAGAUCGCCCCGCUCUCGAGGGGCGAGAUCCUCGGGUGCACCUCCCCGCGCCUCCCCGAUGGCGCCGUAGACCUGAUCCUCUACCUCGGCGACGGCCGCUUCCACCUCGAGAGCAUCAUGAUCCACAACCCCUCCACGCCCGCGUACCGGUACGACCCGUACUCGCGCAUCCUCACGCGCGAGGAGUACGGACACACGGACAUGCAGUCGCAGCGCCGCGCCGCCAUCGCCGCCGCGCGGAAGGCGCAGACCUGGGGGCUGAUCCUCGGCUCGCUCGGCCGCCAGGGGAACCCGCACACGCUCUCCCGCAUCGAGGCGCGCCUGGCGUCGCGGGGCAUCCCGUGCGUGACGCUGCUGCUGAGCGAGAUCUUCCCCGCGAAGCUGGCGCUGAUGUCCGAGCACGUCGGCGCGUGGGUCCAGGUCGCGUGUCCGCGGCUGAGUAUUGACUGGGGGUAUGCGUUCCCGCGGCCGCUGCUGACGCCGUACGAGGCGCUGGUCGCGCUGGACGAGAGGGAGGACUGGGGGAGGAGUGUUAAGGAUGGCGGUGGGGGUGGUGUGUACCCGAUGGAUUAUUAUGCGCGGGAGGGGCUGGGGAGGACGAAGGAGGUGGCGGUGGGGGUGAAGUAAAGGGGUGGAGGGGUGGUAAAAAGGUAAAAAAAAAAGGGUUCGUUAUGGGAGGGUUGGAUGUGGAUAGAAUACAGCACUCAUUAGACAUAAGUACAGGUACCUAUCUACCUGAUAAAGGGUUUAUUACCCCCCCCUAAAUAUGUAGCGUGUCGUCAAAGGCACAAGUACACCUCAUUGAAUACACCGUAACUUCAAACAUCAAA